AUGUAUGCUAGUGGAGGCGGUGCAUGGGGCGCCUCAAAAUCCCUUCCUGGGUUGCAGGUGGAAUCUUUCAUAGUGCGCCGCCUGGAGCAGUUCCUCGUGGACCGCGGGGCGGCCGUGGAGGCAGUGGUGGAGUCCUUCAUAGUGCGCCGCCUGGAGCAGUUCCUCGUGGACCGUGGGGCGGCAGUGGUGGCGGUGCGCAGUGUGCUGGAGGAGAGAGGCUCUGUGCCGGCCUUGGCUGCACGAUCCGUGGCGGAGAUGGAGGAGCUACAGGCGUCAGGGCAGCUUGAAAAGAUUGUGGCAGCGUAUGGGCGGCCAACGAGGAUCGUGCGCGGCAAGGACGUGGACCUGGACUGGCAGGUGAGCUCUCGUUAUGCAAGCUUUACCCUUGUGGCCUCGCAUGUGCAUGCUCUGUCCGGCAUGUUCUGUCCGGCAUGCUCUGUCCGGCAUGCUCUGUCCGGCAUGCUCUGUCCGGCAUGCUCUGUCCGGCAUGCUCUGUCCGGCAUGCUCUGUCCGGCAUGCUCUGUCCGGCAUGCUCUGUCCGGCAUGCUCUGUCCUGCAUGCUCUGUGAGGGAGAAGCUGUUUGAGUCGGAUGCGGAGAGGACUCUGUGGGACGCCUUCAAGCACGUGGAUGCUGAGGUCUCCACUGACAUGAGCAUCAAGGCGUUCGCCGAUGCAUCCAUGGCUCUCGUCGACCCUCUUGAAGGCUUCUUUGCCAAUGUGUUCGUCAUGGCGGAGGAGGAGCAGUUGCGUAAGAACCGCUUGGGGCUGCUCAGCAGGAUUGCAAGACUGCCGGAAGGCAUUGCUGACCUCACUGUGCUGCCUGGCUUCUAG